AUAAUACGUAAGAAGACACUGGCAGUAUCUCAAUUAUCCUUCCUCGGUUGAAAGCUAGAGUAUUUAAGUCCCUUCUGCUCUUCUUCUCUUUUUACAUCACUCUCAACCUAGCCCUACACUUUCUUCUUCUCUUUUGUUCUACUUGUUUGUUGACCUCUUUAAAGUACUUCGAAUUGUGUUCGACGGCACCGAAUCUCUCACAGCUCCGUUGAUUGUAUCAAUACCAACCACCGCUAAUCAUCGGCUCAUUACAUUCGUGUCACUAUCUGCCCACAAUGUCUGCCCAGCUUUCCAGUGCUCAGAACCUCUCAUUCGUCUUAGAAGGUAUUCAUCGAGUCAAAUUCGAAGACCGUCCAAUCCCAGACUUGAACGGACCACACGAUGUCCUUGUAAAUGUCAAAUUCACGGGUAUAUGCGGAAGCGAUGUUCACUACUGGGAGCAUGGCUCCAUUGGUAAAUUCGUUGUCAAGGAACCCAUGGUCCUGGGACAUGAGUCGUCAGGAAUUGUUAGCAAGGUCGGUUCUGCGGUCACCGAAUUGAAAGUGGGAGAUCGCAUUGCACUCGAACCCGGCGUCCCUUGCCGUCGCUGCGAGCCGUGCAAAUCAGGCAAGUACAAUCUAUGCGAGGAAAUGGCAUUCGCCGCUACUCCCCCUUAUGAUGGAACUCUCGCCAAAUACUACAUCCUGCCCGAGGAUUUCUGCUACAAGGUUCCGGAUACUAUCACUUUGCAAGAGGCGGCACUCAUGGAGCCCCUGAGUGUCGCCGUACAUAUCGUCAAGCAGGCCGAUGUCAAGCCUGGACAAUCAGUGGUUGUAUUUGGCGCUGGACCAGUGGGACUUCUAUGCUGCGCUGUAGCAAAGGCGUACGGUGCGUCCAAGGUUAUCGCCGUGGAUAUUCAGAAGCCCAGACUCAACUUCGCGGGUAGCUACGCAGCAACUGCGACGUACGAGCCUUUCAAAGCCAGUCCAUUGGAAAACGCAGAUCGUAUCAUCAAGGAAAAUGAUCUGGGUUCGGGUGCAGAUGUAGCAAUCGAUGCAUCCGGAGCAGAACCGUCUGUGCAUACUGGAAUACAUGUCGUCCGUGCUGGCGGAACGUAUGUACAAGGCGGCAUGGGUAGGAACGAAAUCACUUUUCCCAUCAUGGCUGCAUGUACCAAGGAAUUGAACGUGAAAGGCAGUUUUCGUUAUGGCAGUGGCGAUUAUAAGCUUGCAGUGUCUCUCGUUGCUUCAGGAAAAGUGAACGUCAAGGACUUAAUCACGGGCACAGUCAAGUUCGAAGAUGCAGAGCGGGCAUUUGAAGAGGUCAGGGCUGGAAAGGGCAUCAAGACACUUAUUGCUGGCAUAGACGCAUAGACCCUAGCUAUC